AAGAAAGAAGAAGGGGUGGUGGAAGCAGCAGCGGCAGAAAGAGAAAAAGAAGAAGAAGCUUAUCCGCCUGCUGCCAGCGACGUGCUCGUCUUUUCGUUGCUUUUCCUGUCAAGGUCCAACAAGGUGAUUAAGAUGUCGCUGCCCAAGCCAGUGAUGCGAGGUCUGCUGGGAAGGCGCCUGCGCUUUCAUCUGCCCAUCGCCUUCGCUUUGUCAAUCGUGGCAGCCGCCGCCUUCAAGUACACAGUAACAGAGCCUCGCAAGCAAGCCUACGCUGACUUCUACAAGCAAUACGACGCCGUCAAGGAGUUCAAUGCCAUGCGGGAGGCCGGAAUCUUCGAGAGUGUGCGGCCCUCUGGAGAGUAAAUGCCGUCAUUUCCUGCCACCCAUUCCUGCUGUGAAGAGGUUUCUCUCUUCAUUUAUGUCAAAUAAAUGUAUAUUGAUUCAA